GUAACUGCCAGAAUAUUAAUGUGGGUAAAUACACACGUCAUUUUUAUACCUUUCACGUGACGCCGUAAAAUGUUCAGGAAUAAUUAUCAGGGUGGUGCUGUGGUUGAGAUCUUCAGCGGACAGGGAAAAGACCCUGUAGCAAAAUGGAAACUCUGCGGAGGGCCGUCAGCCAUAUACAAGGAGUAUAAUAAAGAAGUUAAAGGAUUUGUUUACUGUCUGGAGGGAAGCAGCCAGACAGUCAAGAUGCAAAUGCCAGAGAAUGGGAAAAUGUCUCUUGGGCUUCUCCAAAGAUUCUUGGUCCUUCAAGUGAAUAUUCCUCAGUGCAAAGAUUUUUCCAUUGAGCUUGUGAUAACUGAUUCAGAGCACUUGAAAAGAAGACUUCACUUGUCAACGGUGCAUAGAGAGCUGACUUCCACACUUUUACAUGCAAAGAUACCUUUUGUGGGACUGAAACGAAAUAUUUGGUCUGCUUUGUGCAUCGACCUUGCAUCAUUCACUGCUGAACUGUUCAAGGGAUUUUUGACUCUGGAUGGCAUCACUUUGUUUGCUACUUGUAAAGUCCGCAGAAUCUUCACCAUGAAAACAGAGCCUACAGGAAUGUCAGAUGACGAUAUGUUUCUCAGUGGAGCUGCUCUCAUGGACUUGAUCCCUCGCAGCUGCCAGUUCCCACCAGAUGUAAACCAUGUAACUCAGAUGCUGAACAUGGAGAAUUUGCAGAAGGCAGAUAUGAAGACUGGCCUUGUGAAUUCUGACUGUGUUCCUGAUCAGUCUGGCACUGCCAGAUCAACCAGCUAUCGGCAAACCAGGGCCCAAGGUGUUUUAUACACAGCCUCAGGCUCCAGGGUUUUAGGACCACCUCCUCAGACUGGAAGAAAAAGCAGUACGGUCUCAGGUGGAAUGGAUAGUGUACUCUUUAUCUCAAAUACGGGAUCCUCAUUCAGUAGAAUGAACCAAAAAGUUUCUGCGGAAAGUCAGAGCAUUUCCAAGCUGAGUGAGAAUUUAUCACAUGGACAGCCUUCAUUCAGUCUUCAUGAAGUCCAUUCAGAUGCUGUGCCUGGUCACCACAGAAAGAGGAGUAAAACCAGGGAGAAGCGCACUCUUCCAGCCAGUAGGCAAGAGGGCAGGCAGCAACCUCUGAUCCUAACAGAAAAGACAGAGCACCUAACAGCAGAUGAGCAUAGCUUCAGUCUCGCAAAGGAAAGUUCCAGAGCCGCUCCCACCCCUGCAGAGUCUCUCUCCAGCUCGAUCCGGCCUGGUUUGUCUUCUGACCUACAGGUCUGGAGCAGCUGGGAGAGUAAUGAGGGGUCCGAGCCCCAGCUCGCUCUGCAAGAGGAGGUGUUCAUUUUCUCAUCCCAGCCUCACUCACCCAAACGAGGGCAAGGCCAGGGUGAUCAGGAGAAGAUGGAGAUGGGAGAUGACCAGGUUCAGAGCAAGAGUGGGAGGCGGUAUGAGGCCCAGCCUGAAGAUGAUUUUAUUGGCAGUGAAAGUGAUGAGGAUGAGAGCUACACCAUGUUCCAGCAACAAAGAACUAGUGCCGAGUCCAGCCCUGCUACUCCCAGAACUCCUGAUACAACUUCAAAUGUGCAACAUCAAGUCCAUCCUAAAUCUCAAACCAUGGACCAAACAUCACAAAAAGAGCUUAGUCCAGCUACCACCAGUAUUCAUACUCACUCUCCACCCAGUGGGAGAGCGGAACUUGCUGGGAUCAUCCCCACACGCUGCCUCUCACCCAGUGUGACACCCAGCAGACAGGAAUACAAGUGUGGCCCACGUGAAUCAGAGGUACUGAGCCAGGUUCUGGACGGGAACAGCAGUGUAACGCUUUCUAGGCGACUCCUGCAAGAAGUCAAAUUGAAUGACUCCCCACAGCACAAGGAAAGAGGAGACGAGACACUGAAGCCUGUUGAUUCCAGCCUUUACGACUUACACCUGCUUGGCAGUCUGAGGAUGGAUGGGGAUGACGAUGAGGAGCUCCGAAUGCUGGCAAGCCUAAAAAGGGAGCAGGAGGAAGAUGAGUGUAGAGCCUCGGGCCUCAGUGCAUCUCAGAUCCACCAGUGUAAUGUCAGCAUCAGUAUGAGCAGCGACGACACCUCUACUUGGACCCACAUCUCUAUGCCAGCUAAUCAGGGUCACCACUAUCAGAAUGAAAUGAACCCCCUCCUACACUCAAACCCCAGGGAGUGGAUGGAUGUGCUCAGCCCUCCUAUUAUACCUCCCAGGCAGCGGAGAAGGUCAGGGAACACACGAAACAAUCGGGAAAAUCUAGUCGGAGGUACAGUAACCUUAAUUUUAUUCCUUUUGCCUCCGGACACCCUUUUGUGUCCUUUGAAGUCAGGGAGAUGGCAAACAAUCCAGAGCUUUAACAUCAACCACACUAAUAAUGAAGAGGAGAGCGAGGAUGAAUAUUUGAAUCUGCUCUAUGAUCCUUGCCUGAAAUGCUACUUCGAUCCAAAGACGGGGAAGUACUAUGAACUAGCUUGA